AGACGCUUUAUAACAGUGAUUUUUAGUAUCAGACAAGUUAGUUUUGCCGGCUUGGUUGUUCUUGUUAGAAACUUUUCAACAAUUUUAAAACUGAGUAUGGAACUUGCUAUCAUAAACGUGAAUAAUGAGGAUGACUUUGAAUCUCACAAAACUGCAACAGAUACCGACAAAGAAAGCAAACCACAACAAACUGGUCUUGAAAACGAAGCAGUUGAUCCGUGGGCACUGCCUGACUUUAAAAGAGCAGGCCCGAAAUGGCAAGAAUUGAAGACGGGCGGUAAAAUCAAGCUUGUUGUUCGAACUUUCAUCAAGAUUGUUUGCCUUCUUUGCCUUCUAUAUUUGUUCAUAUGCUCCCUAAACUUCCUCAGUUCUGCAUUUCGUCUACUUGGUGGCAAGACAGCCGGGAAAGUGUUCGCUGCCGACGGAAUUCUUUCCAAUCCAGUGGCUGGUUUAAUGAUAGGACUACUAGCAACUGUCCUAUUUCAAAGCUCAUCAACUACUACAUCGAUUGUCGUUGCAAUGGUUUCAUCAGGAAUACUGGAUGUUGAGCAAGCAAUUCCAAUCAUCAUGGGGGCGAAUAUUGGUACAUCUGUGACCAACACCAUAGUUUCCAUGGGUCAUGUGAAAGAGCGCGAUGAAUUUCGACGUGCCUUUGCAGGUGCCACAGUACAUGAUUUGUUUAACUGGUUAACAGUCCUUGUCCUACUACCAACUGAAGUUAUCUCAAAGCAUUUUUUCGGCUCAUCUUAUCUCUUCUACGCCUCAAAAUCCAUCACAGAUUCCAUGGGGAUUGAAAAUAAACAAGGAACUAAAGUGGAAUUUCUUAAGAAAAUAACCAAACCUUUCACUAAUGAAAUUAUUCAGAUAGACAAAAAAGUUAUCCAACGUAUUGCUGAGGGCAAAGAUGUUGGAGAUGGUGAAAGUCUAAUCAAGUACUGGUGUAAGACUGCCAAAGUUUUCAAUAGCACCUUGAAUAAAACUGUCAAAGUUGGAGUUGAGCCAUGCAAAUUUCUUUUUCAUGAUACAGGAUUGAAAGAUUCAUUGGUCGGCAUUAUCCUAUUAGUACUUUCAAUUGCAUUGCUUUGCUUCUGUUUAAUCUGUAUAGUUAAAUUAUUGCAUUCAAUGCUUCGAGGCAACUUAGCUAUGGUUGUUAAGAAGACUAUCAAUGCUGACUUUCCUGGACCAUUUAAAUAUUUGACAGGAUACUUUGCCAUCUUGGUUGGCACUGGCAUGACUAUGUUGGUGCAGUCCAGUUCCAUUUUCACAUCAGCCCUAACACCGUUGGUUGGAAUUGGUAUAGUGACAAUAGAGCGCAUCUUCCCAUUGACGCUAGGUGCAAACAUUGGUACCACUGGCACAGCUAUCCUAGCUUCCCUUGCCAGCUCAUCAAACUUUCAAGCAGCAUUGCAAAUAUCAUUGUGCCAUCUGUUGUUCAAUCUGUCUGGAAUUGCCAUUUGGUAUCCAAUACCCUUUAUGCGGAAUGUGCCUAUCAAAUGUGCAAAAAAACUUGGAGAUACUACAGCACAAUAUCGUUGGUUUGCAUUAGUUUAUCUUGUCAUAUGCUUCUUUAUCCUACCUGCUGUUGUGUUUGGUUUGUCAGUUGCUGGCACGUAUAUUCUACUUGGUGUUUUGGUUCCUAUUGGUACUUUGUUGCUCCUGGCUCUUAUAAUAAACCUUAUGCAAAACAAGAUGCCAUCCAGCUUACCAGGUCUACUAAGAACAUGGAAAUGGCUUCCUGAGUGUCUGCGUUCACUCAAGCCUUAUGACAAAGUGUUUGUGAAAAUCAUGGAGGUUUCCAAAGGUUGUUGUGUUUAAUACCAGGAAAUCUCAAACAUUCUUCAGGUAAGUUUGCUGUAUGAAUAAUUCAGUUUAAUCUCACCAUUCUCUGGGUGUCUGGUCUAAGUUGUUUCCAGGCUGUAAUAUGAGUUAGAGUGACAUCAUUUGAGAAAGCUUAGAAGAAAGGGUAAUAAAAAGAAACCUUGUCUUGACUUUAUUUCAAACCCCUCUUCCAACACGGACUGCAGUUUCGAUAUAUGCGACGAGUAUGUAUAUUAAAAGUCUUGAAGCCAUCUUCUAUGUAAUCUUACUCUUUCGGGCAUCACUAAAUUCUGGUGGGAUCGCGCGUGUCUUUUUUCGUUUUUUCUGAUAUAGUUUUUAUGAAUAUGAUACUACACGAAUGAAAUCUUGUAGCAUUAAUACCGGUUAUUUAUAUUAUGGUCACUGAUAUGUUGGAGCACGGAAUAAGUAGUUGCAACUUGCGAACAUGACUGUAUCAGAUACUGUAAGCCACUGCCCAACUCUCUAGUAUUUCACAUUACAUUUGUUGUAGCAAAUUCAUACUGCUCUUUUAUUCAUUCUUGACCUAUUGGCCUCGUUUUCUUUUUAGAUAAUUUCGUACACAUAGAGGUCGACAGAUUACCUGCCCUGCAUGUUUUAAUUGGUAAUAUAAUGGAAUAUAAAAGAAAUUUGUGCAGGGAACAUGACAUUCAUGUGCACCUCUCAGUCAAAAGUGAAUAAACAGUAAGGUCUAUUUUUGCAACUCUUUCCUUUUGCGUCUAACAUGAACAAGUCAAUACUCUAGCUUUCUUUCAUUUUAUUUCUGUCCUCGUUCGUCAUGUCCAACCAAAUUUUCAUUUUUCCUAACCAUUCCAGAAAAACCAUAUUCGACAUUGUAUCGAUGAUUUGUUUUUAUGUCGUUAUGUGGGUAUAAUAUAUUAAUAUGUUUCUUUGUGCUCCCUUUAGGUUUGCUGAAAUUACUCGUCGCUGUCUGUAUACUAUUGGCUGCGCUCAGUUUUCCGUAAUCUCUCGUAAUAUCAGGAGAAUAAUUGUAGUUGUGUAAAUUGUUAUAAUGUGCCGCGUCGAUGGGCAUUAAUGUUGUUUUAUUUGCAACCAUUCAGUGUUUAUCAUUGUUAUGUUGAAACCAAGGUUAUCGAAUAAUAUUACGGACGACUUGUCGUGAAUGCAAACGUUGUCCGAUAUUAUUGCAUGCGCGUUUGUGCAACCUUGACAACUGAAACAACGUUGCUUUGUAUAUUAUACAACUUGCAUGGGCGAACACAAUGUUCUCUUAUCUAAUAUUGAUAUAUUAGGGCUUAGAUAUAAAGAAAGUUCCAUUAUAUAUUUUGCAAUCUUUAUAACAAAGGUAGUUAUAACACUCAAGUCAAAGUGACCGUGUUGAUAGUUGUGAUUCCAUGCGUGGGAAACACCUGUGUAUCUGUGAAGGAUAAACAAAUCGUGCAGAUCACAAAUGUAGUUUUAAUAAUAUCAGAUUGUGGACGUGCUAGUAUGUUAAAGUUGCGCGCCGUUAAUUUUCGUAAUUAUUGUAAUACUGAAGACUUAACAGAAAGGUUUAGAAGAUAGAAAUCCAAUAUGUCUUACAUUUUGUCUUCGUUUUAGGUGUGGUUUGCUGUGUCUCAUUUGUCGCUUACAAAGUCGUGGUAAAAUAGAGAGAUGAGUUUUUUAAAAGCUCCAAAGCUAUAAAGCACCGACUAACCAGCACACAAAAGGAUGUUAGGGUCUCGCGCAUGGUACAGACACCUGUACAUGUCUAUAGUUUUCAUACAUGUCUAU